AUGGAAGCUCUCAUUCCGGUGGUCAAUAAGCUGCAGGAUGUUUUCAAUACCGUAGGCUCGGAUGCCAUCCAGUUGCCACAGAUUGUUGUCCUUGGCAGCCAGAGCUCGGGUAAAAGUUCGGUCAUAGAAAGCCUGGUUGGUCGAACAUUUCUUCCGCGCGGAACCGGCAUUGUAACGCGUCGUCCUUUGGUCCUGCAGCUCGUCUACACACCGCUCGAUGACCGUGAACACCGUUCGGCCGAACAUGGCACGGUGGCCGUGGAGGAGUGGGGUCGCUUCCUGCACAUUAAAAACAAGGUUUUUACCGAUUUCAACGGUAUCCGCGAAGAGAUUGAAAAUGAGACGGACCGAAUGGCGGGAGCAAACAAGGGUAUCUGUCCGGAGCCGAUCAAUUUGAAGAUAUACUCAACGAAGGUCGUGAAUCUGACGUUGGUCGAUUUGCCCGGAAUUACGAAGGUACCGGUCGGUGAUCAGCCGGAAGAUAUCGAGGCACAGAUUAAGGAUUUGGUGCUGAAGUACAUCGAAAAUCCGAACUCGAUUAUUUUGGCCGUGACGGCUGCCAACACCGACAUGGCAACGAGUGAAGCGCUUAAGAUGGCAAAAGACGUCGAUCCGGACGGUCGUCGUACGCUUGCGGUACUAACGAAGCUCGACCUGAUGGAUGCCGGUACGGAUGCGAUCGAUAUUCUGUGCGGGCGUGUCAUCCCGGUGAAGUUGGGUAUUAUCGGUGUGAUGAAUCGUUCACAACAGGAUAUUCUCGAUAAGAAAGCGAUCGAAGAUCAGUUGCGGGAUGAGGCGGCGUAUCUGCAGCGAAAAUAUCCGACGCUUGCGACGCGUAAUGGUACACCUUACCUGGCCAAAACUCUUAACCGUCUGCUGAUGCACCACAUCCGUGACUGUCUGCCGGAUCUCAAGACGCGCGUUAACGUGAUGGCAUCCCAGUUCCAGUCGCUGUUGAACUCGUACGGUGAAGAUGUGACUGACAAGAGUCAGUGCUUGCUGCAGAUCAUUACGAAAUUUGCGUCGGCCUAUUGUUCCACUAUUGAGGGCACGUCGCGCAACAUUGAAACAACCGAGCUGUGUGGUGGGGCACGCAUUUGUUACAUUUUCCAUGAAACGUUUGGGAAAACGCUCGACUCCAUCCAUCCGCUGACGGGGUUGACCAAGAUGGACAUUUUGACCGCGAUCCGCAAUGCAACCGGUCCGCGGCCGGCUCUGUUCGUGCCGGAGGUAAGUUUCGAAUUGUUGGUGAAGCGUCAAAUCCGUCGCCUGGAAGAUCCAUCGCUUCGGUGCGUGGAGCUAAUCCACGAGGAGAUGCAACGCAUCAUACAGCACUGUGGCACGGAAGUGCAGCAAGAGAUGCUACGUUUCCCGAAGCUGCACGAAAAAAUUGUCGAUGUGGUGACGCAGCUGUUGCGCCGACGAUUGCCAACUACCAACUGCAUGGUGGAGAAUCUGGUGCAGAUUGAGCUGGCGUACAUUAACACCAAGCAUCCGGACUUUCACAAGGAUGCGGCACUGGUACCGAGCCUGAUAAAAACUGACUCCCAAGAUCAGUGGGCCGGACAUCAGACAGGCAAUCCACCGAGCCGGCGUCCCGGUUCGAAUAGACAGCUAGCGCUGGUGGAUAAAACGGGCAUGAUGAACCUAAAUCAUGAUGCAAAUCAACAACAAAUGACACAGCAACAACAGCAGCAGCUAAACCAUGUUGCCGAGCAACCGGGUGGAUGGCUGGGAAGCAUUUUGCCACCCAAUAUGGAAGCCAUGAUCGUUGCUAGUGGGCAGAUGGGCGGCCCGGGCAGUGAAAGUGGCAACAGUACGGCCAGCAAUACACCGACCCACGGUGUGCUAAGUCCGACCAAACCGGUUAAUUUGUUGCCCGACGUUCCAAUGAACCAUUCGUCCCGCAAGCUGACCGAUAAGGAGCAGAAGGAUUGUGAUGUUAUCGAACGCUUGAUCAAAUCGUACUUUUACAUUGUGCGGAAAUCGAUCCAAGAUUCCGUACCGAAGGCCAUUAUGCAUUUCUUAGUCAACUUUGUCAAGGACAACUUGCAGUCGGAGCUGGUGACGCAUCUGUACAAAUCCGACUCGGCCAACGAGCUGCUGAACGAAUCAGAUCACAUCUCGAUUCGACGCAAGGAAGCAAGCGAUAUGUUGAAGGCACUGACACGCGCCAAUCACAUCAUAAGUGAAAUCCGAGAGACACACAUGUGGUAA